CAGUUACUGUUCGCGAUUCGUACGUUUUAGACUGUUGCAGUUUUUUACAUUUAUUGCGUGCUUUUUUACGUGUUUACAAGGUGAUCCUUUAUAAAUCAACAGUUAAUAAUUUCAUAACUUAAAAAGGUUAUACAGAAUCAAAACAAAAUAUUUUAUCCAAUAGAAGAGCAGAAGUGACUGACAACGGAGCGUGAGCUUAUCGUGGAUUGGCUAUAAUUUGGAGCGCUGUGGCGCCUCUCCGACCUUAUAAAUAACAGCGCGAACUCGCAGCAGACCUCUUUUCCACAGUAUUAUUUCGAGGGGAUUUUGUUGGGUUAUUUUUGUGAGCUAACUCCAAAUUCAGAAUGCCGGAGACUGCAAAAAUGAAUGGAUAUGCAAAAACAAACGGGCACAGUUAUGACAUGGAAGAUGGAUCAGUGUUUUUAUUUACAUCAGAAUCCGUCGGCGAGGGACAUCCAGACAAAAUGUGCGACCAAAUAAGCGAUGCUGUUCUGGACGCGCAUUUAAAACAAGAUCCUGAUGCAAAAGUAGCAUGUGAAACCGUCACUAAAACUGGUAUGAUUCUGCUGUGCGGAGAAAUAACAUCAAAAGCUAAUGUUGACUAUCAAAAAGUUGUCAGAGAAACGGUGAAGCAUAUUGGAUAUGAUGAUUCUUCAAAAGGUUUUGAUUGGCGUACACUAAACUUGUUAGUGGCUCUUGAGGAGCAAAGCCCAGACAUAGCCGAUGGGGUGUAUCGGAACAGAGAGGAAAUUGAUUUUGGGGCUGGAGAUCAGGGAUUGAUGUUUGGAUAUGCCACGGACGAAACAGAAGAAUGCAUGCCGCUCACAGUGGUGCUUGCACACAAACUGAACCAGAAGAUUGCAGAGCUCAGACGAAACGGUGAAUUCUGGUGGGCACGUCCUGACUCCAAAUCACAGGUGACUUGCGAGUAUAUCUUCACGGGGGGCGCCACUGUGCCGCAGAGGGUCCACACAGUUGUUGUAUCACUGCAACAUUCCGGAAAGAUAACUUUGGAGCAACUUCGCGAGGAGAUCAGAGAGAAGGUUAUCAAGGAAGUAAUCCCAGACCAGUACUUUGACGACAGGACUAUCGUCCACAUCAAUCCUUCAGGACUAUUCAUCAUUGGUGGACCUCAGUCUGACGCCGGUCUGACGGGACGCAAGAUAAUAGUGGACACGUAUGGCGGGUGGGGUGCUCACGGCGGCGGCGCUUUCUCGGGCAAGGACUUCACCAAGGUGGACCGCUCUGCCGCGUACGCCGCGCGCUGGGUUGCCAAGUCCCUCGUGCGCGCCGGACUCUGCAGGCGCUGCAUGGUGCAGGUCGCAUACGCAAUCGGUGUGGCGGAGCCGCUCUCGAUCACGGUGUUCGACUACGGCACCUCGCACAAGACGCAGCAGGAGCUGCUGUCCAUUGUACAGAAGAACUUCGAUCUCCGCCCAGGAAAGAUUGUCAAAGAGCUGAACCUGAAGGCGCCGAUAUAUCAGAAGACGAGUACUUACGGCCACUUCGGGCGGGAGGGCUUCCCCUGGGAGACGCCCAAGCCGCUCAUCGUAGAUUGACUUACGUCAGCGCGAGCGCAUCUAGCACCUUGUAAAUAUUCCACCAGUAUGUUUUAAACACUUAAUCUACGUGUGUUUUGUAGCGAGAGCACGGAGAUAUUAUCGCUGAUGUCUCUCUAUAGGCUAUUAUAAUUAAUGCGACGAAAUCUCGCGAAUGAAACUGCCAUUGCGUGGGAGUGAUCAAUGCAUACGGGCCUUUUGCAUUCGUGUUGGCCACCGAUAUUUAUUUAUAAAGUUAACAUAAGUGUCCAGUCCUGUAACAGUUUUUCAAUAUAAACGAAAUAUUGUAUUUAGUUCUCUUGUAUGAAAAGUAACUUAAAAAUGAUUAAAUAUCUCUUAUUAUGAAGAAAAUAAUUAUUAGAAAUUAAUAUGUAAUAUAUCAAACAUUAAUUUUUACAUAAGAAUAAUAGUUUUUUUUAAUAAUAUUUUGGAAGCCCAUACGAAUGUAACUUGGUCUGUAGGACGGUUGCAUUUGCGCGAUUCUGUGUAUGUUAUUAUUAAGUAUUCGUUAGUUUAGAUGCAUAGGUGUAAUGGUGCCGUCAUUUCUGAAUUUGAGUUAGUUCCGGCUCCCAGCGGGCAGUUCUAUCAUUUGAGGCGGUCGCCGUGUCACUUCUGUAUCCAUCUAUGUAUCAAAUCAUGGGUCUAUAUAUCAUAUGUAUCUGGUGUCAAUUACCAAAGAUAUAGCCUCCUACGAACGGACAAUGCAUGAUUUUUUAUAUUAAUGGAAUUACAGAUAAUAUUAUGAUUGUCACAAAAUAUACUCAAAUGUAAUUGAGUUUUGCGACAUCUAUACUGUAUUGUAAAAUUUAUAUGUAUCUAUGAUGGAUUCUUAAAAUAAUGCUGUCUCGCUUAUGACAGGGUUCAUACAUGUUCCUUGGCCAAAAGACAACAUGAAAUGUUAGAAUAAUAAGUAUUAUGUCUCCUAAUUUACCUGCAUGUGAUAUUUCAAUGCCAUUUUACCUACAUAAUGGAAUUAUUUGUACAAUUUUCAUUUGCACGUGGCGUCCUAUUUAUUAUAUAGCGUACAUAUGACAAUUUUAAUGUUUUUAAUUCCUUUUUAAAGCAAUUCACACGAUGAUCAUUGGUUUUUAAUGAAAUAUUUAAAUUCGUCAAAUAGAAGUAAGGGCCUAUAAUGAUGAUUUUUUUUGCUAUAAAAAUGAAGUUUUCGACUUGAAUGAUGAACUGCCAUAAUCUCGAAUGUUGUAUACUGUGAGCUUAAGUUAUGUGCUACAUCGCGGUAGAGUAGACUACUUCCCGGGUCGCGUCACAGUGGACCGAGUGCGUUCUAGAACAAUCUGCAAUGCAUAGAACAUUCUCGGGCCUUCUCGUUCCACUGCAAAUGAAGUGCCGCGCGGCGGGGAUUCCCAUUUUAUGUUUAUUUUAAGUCUAGAUAAGUGUCAGUGAAUUUUUCUCCUUUUUAAAAUGAAAUCUUAGCCAUGUUAGGUGUCGCCCCACCGUGCGGUACAUUUUGUGUUGUGUUUCUGAAAAGGAUCAUAGUGGAAAAGAGCCAUUUUGAAAACACACCGACUCGUCCCGGGCAGUAGUGCACUGUGCAUUUAUAAUUACACACAUGAACACGCCUCUAGGCGCAUUGGUAACUUGACAUUUUAUGAAACUAGAACUAAACUUAGGAAAUUUGAAUAUUUGUAGGACGGGUAGCGAGUACUUUGAUUAUAUUUUUGGAUCUGUAUCGACCCGUUAAAAGAUUCUUAUUAACUUGCUGUGGAUUUUGAAUUUGUCAAAAUGUGAAAUUUCGACUAAUAAAUAAAUUGCAUUCCCGUCCCAUCGGGAUGAA